AUCACAAUAUUUCUUGUAUUUUGCGUACAGUUUUCUGUGUUUCUCAAAGAAAUUAAACGUGAAGUUUACAGAUUUCUGGCAGCGAUAAAAAUGACAUCAAAUGUCACCUCUGGUGAAGGGGCMGAGUCAGACGACGACUCCAGCCCAGUCUCAUCAUUCAUGAAAAAUACCAUGGUAACCAAUACCAUGGUAACCAGUACUAUGGUAUCAGGGGAGGCAUCAGAGACAGAUGACGAAGAUGAAGAUGAUGAAACACAGAAGGGCGACCCUUAUGGGGCCCCGAUGCAAGCCGAAGAGCCACUUGAUAGURAAGGGCAUGUUGCCUUGACAACUGARCUAGAGGAGACAAAAGAAGCUGGUGAUAAUUCUUCUGAUAAGAAGAAAGUUGAGAAGGCCAAGAGACACAAACUAGAAUACAAAUAUGAUACACCAUUUCAUAGGAAAUUAAGAGAGAAAAAUAUUCAGCUAAGAAGUGGUAUGGUUGAAGGAGUUUGUCAAAUGUAUAGAGGGGCAGCUCUUAAAUUAGAUAGCUCAUACUACCAUAUUACCAAGGCUCAGACGUCUGUCCAGGACAUAGCCUACAAUACCAAGAUUAUCUUAGAAGACCUCCACAGCCUUGGUCAUGUUAUACACGAUACUGUAGAUAUGAAUUAUCUAUCCUCACUGAAAACUACUCAUUGACUUAAGGGUAACACAAAUGACUAACAUAGGGAGGGGAGAGUCAAAUUUAUUUUUGGCAAAUCAAAUACAUGUUUGGAGGGAAAAAAAUAUGAUUUUUUAAAGUUGUGAUUUCKUUUGUACUAUGYCUCUGCCACGAAAUAUAGCGUAGCAGGCCUUUCUCAAGCCAAUGAAUAGAAACCGAAGAUUGCUUUAGAUUUUAAGAGAUGGACUUUUUCAUGCCUUGUGACCGUGGAUAUAUAUUACCUAUUCUCAUGAAAAAAUAGCCAUCGAUAUGUUAUACGUUAUGGCAGACCCUCUUUUGAAUCCUGGGGAGAGAGAAAACGACGCUAUCCAGACUUGGGAACAGGACCUUGGUCAGAUAUCCAUGACUUAUCCUUAGGAGAGAAAAGAUGUUUUCUAGACAUUUAAGCUAAUAGAUCCCUUGCAGUUCAUGGGAGUGCAGCUCCAACUGGAGGACAAAAUAACGGAUUCUAGUUCCCAAAAGGGCAAAAAUCUUUUGUUUUGUCCUCCAGAUGAAGUUGUUUUGACGUCACAUACAAGAGGUCUAAAAGGUAGAUUCUCUUUCUCUUUCAAAGAUAGAAAAGGGAAAAAACUUCCCUGUCUUAAACCAACUAAAAGGUUUGUGUAUUCAAAACGUUUGUUUUUGGUCACCAAAAGAGAAUUCUUUUGGAUGACAUUAUGCUAUUUUGGACGGCAACUGGCAGGGCCAAAUUAACAAAUAGAAAAGGCAUUCCUAAUAGGCAUAUGUAGAAUUUCCGGAUCCGUAUAAUUCAAUCCAACAUUUGUACAAAAGCUGUGCCCUGUGUUUAGUUUUACAAAGGGCGAACAGUGAUAUCCAUCGGAUAAAUCCUAUACAAGUCCAAGGAGUAGCCUGAGUAUCAGGCUCUCUCUUCGCGCCGCCCCAAUCCCCUUAGAGAGAGCCUGAUACUCAGGCUAUCCAAGGAGUGGAUAAUUUUAUUCAACAUUGGUACAGCCGGCGCGGGCAUUAAUCAUAAUGUAUGCCUCGCUUAUUUGAACAUCUGAUACCAGUUAUCAAUUUUAAAUAAACAUACCUGCUAAAUAUUAAUUAAAAUAGAGAAGAAUUCA